AAGGGUAAAAAAUAUUCGUUCUAAAAAAAUUAUCUAACAUUUUAGAUUUUAAUUUCCAAAUUUAUAGCAGAAUAAAUUUCUAAACCACAUUCUUGAGAACCAAAUAGAACAGCAACAAAAUCCAACAAACCGACAUUAACAUUGACAUUGACACGAUGAGAAAAAGCAUAGAUCAUCUUAAAAAGAUCCAUUUAUAACCAAAAAAAAAACAAACAAUCAGCCAUUAUGACGACAAUGAUGACUACACACUCCCUCAUAAGCACAAGAAUGAAUUGAUGUUGAUGCGAUUUCAACGAGUCUGAGAUUAUUUUUUACCAUAAAGGGAAUAUAUUUAUUACCGUUAUGCUCAAAACAAAAAAAAGAAGACCUCCUACCCAAAAUACAAAUUAUAAUUUAUGGACAACAAUGGAAUUUAAUGGAUUUUUUAGGUUUUAUAAAAACCUCAAGAAGCAAGAAUUUAAGCAACAGUUUUGAGUUGUAUAUUGAACAAGAAACAGCACAAUAAUGAAAAGCAUUAUAUGUUUAACUUUAGUAUCCACAUUGGCCUUAACCUCGGCUUUAGCGCCACAUCACCUUAAAUCGCUAAGCAAUAGUAAUCAUCAUAAUAACAACUACAAUGCCAAGCAAGCUUAUCGACAACCUGCAGCCUCUACGAAUAACAAUUACAAGACUAGCUCAUCAUCUCUGUCCUCCAGUGAAAAAGAAUCUCAAAUUCUACGCAAUGAUGUGGAAAUGAAUGGUGAUGGCACUUAUCACUAUGAUUUCGAAACCUCCAAUGGCAUUAAGCGCACCGAACAGGGUGCUGUCGAUGGCACUAUCCAGGGUUCCUCUUCCUAUAUUUCACCCGAGGGCGUUGAAAUCAAAACAACCUAUGUAGCCGAUGAGACCGGCUAUCAUCCUGUAGGUGAUCACAUUCCCCAGAUUCCCGAUUAUAUUGUACGUGCCCUGGAAUAUAUUCGCACUCAUCCCUAUAUCGAAAAGGACUAUUAUACGGGUGAAGUUAAGCAAACUGCUUUCACCAAUAAGAAACAAUACCCUACGACCACUAAACGCAGUGCCUAUAGCAACAACAAUAACAAUAAAAAGGGUAGCAACAAUUAGAAAUAUAAUUUCAGACAUUAAUUUCAGUUAUUAAUGGUUUUAAAGGAAAUUCUAAGAGUUGAUUUUGUAAAUAUGUUAAAUAUAAAAA